AUGCGGAGGGAAUCCACUCAGAGGCAUAUGGGAGUGCGUGGGGACUCUGAACCUGGGAAUGCCAUUGACACCUAUUGGCCUUGUACGAAAGGAUAUCAGAAAACUACCGAGCUAGCUACAGGGCGAGGGUCGAGCCGAUACGGGGACCCUUCGGAUGGGUUCCGGGCGACCCGAGAUGGAACGAGAAUCGUUACACAAUCAGCCGCCCUAUUGAUUCUAGAUACAAGUAGUGUGUUCUCGACAGACAAGCACUCGGUACCUGCCAAGAUAGCGGAAGCAGCCCUCUGCAUUCUCUGCGGUGAGAGUGCUUUUGGCGUGGCGCAUUUUCGGUCUCGCGAACGCGCUUCGCGUUUCGACUCUAUCGCAAACAGGACACAAUCCACGCAGACAAGCAACAUUUAUAGACAAAUAUUUGUGUUUGCUGCUUCGUUCAUAAUUUCGCUUAGCACGAUAGGACGCUAA